AUAUUAAUAAUUCAUCCGCGUGUAGAAUAAAAAUGAGUAUAAAAGGAUCAUCUCACCAAUGUCACCACAAAAUCACCUAGCUUGUGACUCGAUCAUCAGCAAAUUAAAACAGAGAAGAAUCUAGACGGAAUAAAGACGUGAAAAUGGAAGGAAAAUUUGUUAUUUUCAUCGCCCUUUUCUGCUUCAUUGGACUGGAAGCUGCUGAGCUCUCCUCCGAGGUUUUCAACGGCGAGAAGAAUGUCGCUAAAAGACAUACAGUUCUUGAUGCAACCUGGCAGGCACCAUAUUCUCUACCAUUACGUGUUUAUUCAACUUACUCUUCGCCUGAUGCACGUGUCUAUCAACCACGUACUCCAUCCUAUAUACAAUCUCCACAGAUACCAGCUAGUCCUUACGCUAGCCCUUACGCUAGCCCUUACGCUAGCCCUUACGCUGUCCCUGUGGAGGUGCCAGUUGAAUCUCCAAGAAUCAUUUAUUCCCAGGCUCCACCAUCUUAUCGUCAAAUUAGCUCCAAGCCCAGGGCUUAUUCGGAUCGCGCCGAUGCCCUCGCAUCAUACUACUACGGAUUCAAUUACUGAGAAAUCAACAACCGAAAUUCACAAUAUUUUUUUUAAAUUUACAAGUCCGAGUAUUUUAGCAGUAAAAUUUAAACAAAUACCACGAAAUUCAACGGAUUUAGCAAUUCGUAACUGCAAAUGAUUUUUUUGAAGAAUUUAAAAAUACGAGGAAUUCCUGUACCGACGAUAGUAUUCAAAUUUCUGCACGACUCAGGUUUUCCAUGGUUUCCCUAGAAGUCCCAGCUCAAAUGGGGUGCAGCUCACAAAAUAAAGAUGACCCAUGGCAAAAAAUCUAGAUUUAUGAGAACAAAAGAUAAAUAAAUAAAUGAAUCAAAAUAA